AUGGCGCCCUUUACAAGAAAGCAGCUCAUUGCAGUGAUCGGCGCUGUUUACGUUUUAAGAGCAAAAAGAAAGAGGCACGAGAGGAACCAAAAGAGAAAGCACAAGUUUUGGAUCAGAAAGAUUUUCAAAGCUAAAGAAUCAAGCGAGUAUUAUAGCUUAUACCAAGAACUUCGCAUGGCCGACAGAGAAUAUCACUUCAGAUACUUGCGGAUUUCAUUGGAAAGGUUCGAUCACUUGCAUAGUCUGCUUGAAAAGGAAAUAAAGAAGAAAGAUACACAUUUUCGAAAGGCUAUCAGCACACGGGAAAAAUUGGUUUUAACCUUACGAUAUCUAGCCACUGGCUGUCCGCAGCAAAAUCUCAGCUAUUCAUUUAGAGUUGGUCGUGCAACAGUUAGCAAUAUUGUACGAGAAACAGCUGAUGCCAUUUAUAAAGUCUUGUCCCCAAUUUAUUUGAGGCCACCCCAAAAAACAGAAGACUGGGAACACAUUAGUCAAGACUUUGAAAAACUAUGGAACAUGCCGCAUGUCAUUGGUGCUAUUGACGGCAAGCAUAUUGCAAUAGAUUGUCCAAAAAAUUCAGGAAGUCAAGACCACAACUACAAGGGGUUUUUUAGUAUUUCUCUCUUAGCCAUAUGCGACGCAAGAUACAAUUUUACCAUAUUUGACGUUGGACAACAUGGUAGUAACAAUGAUAGUGGUGUGUUGCUGAAUUCUGAAAUGGGGCAAAGAUUUGAAGAGGGCUCUUUAGGUAUUCCUCAAGCAACCGGAGUCAAUGGAUACACUUUAGGUCCCAUGCCAUAUUAUCUUGUUGGUGACGAAAUUUUUCCUUUGAAAGAUUGGUUGAUGCGUCCUUACCCUGGCUCCUUAAAUGAAGAUCAAAGAAUUUUCAAUUAUAGGCUUUCGAGAGCUCGACGUGUUAUAGAGAAUACUUUUGGUAUUAUGGUCGCAAGAUGGAGACUAUUCAGAGGGCCAAUUAGAGCUUCUCGUGAAAAUGUUGUCCGCUAUGUUUUGGCUGCUGUUUGUCUGCAUAAUUAUUUGCGCCAAACAGAAAAUGCUGUCUAUUGUCCGAAUGGUUUUGUCGACUCCGAAGAUAGCAGUGGCCAAAUUCUACCGGGAGAAUGGCGAAGAUUGGCAUCUGAUGGAAUGGGAUUGCAAAACAUUCAAAGAGUUAGAGGCUCCCGCCAUACUGCAAAUGCAACAGCCAUAAGGAAUGCUUUGAAGCAAUAUUUGUGCAGCGAAGCUGGCUCUGUACCAUGGCAAUUAGCUUACAUUCAAAGAACUGGUGACAAAUAA